CUGAUUGGAUGACAAAUUAUCCAGGGAAUUAUCUCCCAACGCAUCGGACAGAGACAGAUGUCCCCCAAGUCUAGGGUGAACUUUUUUCUCUGAAAAAUCCGAGAAACUCUUUCCCCUGAUGUUCAAUCUACCCCCGACUCAUGGCUGCUCCACGGUCAUAGACUUUCGCGCAAAACACUCCUCCGUAAAUCAUCAAUGGUUAUUUAAAAAUGGCGGACACAACGUCUUCCGAUACUACCUCAGAGUAUCCUGACGACAAUUUAUCCGACACUGAUAUUUCAGCAGAACGUCAGGCACGUUUUGUUGUUGUUGGACAACGAACUGCUAGUGGAAGCAACAGUGGAAGGCAUAUUCUCAAGAAAUUGUUUACCAGAGAGAUCAGGGGAUGCCUGUCGCAGCACAAUUAUUCCCCGGAGGAGAGAUUGUUCACGAAAGUUCCGUCAUGGGGUCAUUUGCCUCUCACUCAUGUCAUUCCGAUGUCAGCACUUCAGGCUGGGCACAUUGUCAUGGGCCUGACCCAGUGCGGUCAAUUCCUCCUGACGUACACCUGCAGCAUGGACCUGAGGGUGUACGGAUCCCUGUACAAAUAUUUACUCCACUGGUGGGCAUUUUCACCGACUCGAUUUGCACGAAAAGUGGCAGAAGUCACUCUCUUCGGGAGCUACACCAUCAGCAAAGAGUUGGACGUGGUUGUUGCCCAGUGGCCUACAGAGAGAAAUAAAAUUGUGAUACAUGGAUUGCACGCUGAUUGGGGCAACUCUCAGACAACGGAUCGAGCCUACCUCACUAUCACCACGUUACCCUCGUUGAGUAAUUGUCGAGAGUGCGCCAAAGUCGCAGCUAGUUACGAAGAAGAAGAACUCGCAGCUAAUUGGGACGGCUGUGUCCGCUGCAAUUGCCUUCUGCAUGGUUUAACAGUGCACACGACGUACGAGGUGAUCUCCCCAUACCCUCGAUUUCGUGCCUCGGUGUGCCUGAAUUACCAGAAUCACGUGGUGGUGAACACAGGAAAUUUCCUGCACGUUCUACGAGUUGAUCUCCUGGUGCCAAAACGAAAGAGUCCCCGUCAUUCCUCGAGUGACAUCGAUAUGCCCCUGGAGACGAGUGACGUUGACGACUUGGAUGACACGAGAAAUGACUGCUAUCCAAGCUCCACCGAUAAACUCUACACCCUGGAGUCAUCAGAGGCAUCACCAGCCUCGUGCACUGAUGAUCUCAAUAAAUCAUGUGAUUGUACAAAUAUUAACGAGUGUGAGUGCGGUAAAAAUAGUACUAAUACUAUUUAUGAACAGAGAACAAUUUCAGUGAGGGAUAAGAUACUCCAGGAUUUCUGUGAUGAUGUUAACCAGGAGUUGAGUAUUGGAAGUGAAUCUAUAACACUCGUUAAACACUCGUCGUGCUCACCGAGAUCAACACCCCAGAGACUUCCAGGUGACAAUCGCCAGAGUCAAGUGCUUAUGCCACCAUCAGACAUUCUACGAACGAGAACUGAAUCUAGUCAGCCAAAUCCUCGUAAACGUCCAGCCUCGCCCCAGCCUGGUACCUCCCACGAUCCCAACACAGUCUCCUCCAUCAGCUCACCCCUCCACAUUCUCUCAAUUUCCCCUGCCCCAUGCUCACCGAGACUCAUGUCACCACCGAUAAUGACAGCAUCAUUUCGCCACCCCAGCCCCAGGAAACGCUCCAGCCUUCACUCACCACCACCUCGUACUCGAGCCACCCACAAGCUCAUUCUCGAGGCUGAAAAGGCUUAUGAGUUCACCGAUGACACCCAGGAGACGUGUGAAAAGCUCAGUUCAUUCAGAAAACGACGACUGGCUGAUAAAAAGUAUGAGUUCAGAGUCGAGGCUGAGGAUACGGAGAAUAUCAUUCCUUUUAAACAUAUUAGGGAUCAGAAUGAGCAGAGGUAUUGCUCGUUACAUCGGUAUACAUCCGGUGAAAGCCCUCCUUAUGGUGGAGGGAAGAGAUCACAGCAAGAGGACAGCGAGACUGAGGACAGUGGCAAUUUGGAGGGGUUCUAUGGAGGAUUCAAGCCUGUCGAGGCUGGAAAAACUGUUCUCCAACCGUUGAGCCUAAAUCAACGAAUGUACAAUAUAAUGUUCUGUCGUGAUCGUUACAUGACGGUUACGCACAAUGAAUCACCCUUGGCACCCAGGGCUUUUAUACCCCAGCCAACAAUUAAAUGCACAACUCAUUUUAAAAGGAGCUACAUUGAGCUUGAUGACGAAAUGAUAUCUGUGAUCACUGACGUGGAGGAUGACGAGACUGGGGGAUACGUCAGCUACCAAUGUGUGCUUCCAAUGCAUGUUCAUGGGUCCGGUUACGUCCAGAUGCAGAUGAUCAGUAAUGGCAAAGCAGAAAGAAUGGCAUUACCUCACGUAUCGAUCAACCAAUUUAGUUUCGAUAUUGAAACAUUCUCGCAUCACAUCGCCGACUGGAUAUGUAGGAAGUUCAAGAAAAAGUACUGGCAUUGCAGUGAUUACGAUAUAGAAAUAAUCGACGUGUGUUCGAUAACAGGGGACGUUAUUUGUUUGCUGAUUAUGAAGAUUCAGGCGAGUGAGUACUGCAAACAGCCUAAUUGCUUGCAGGAGAGGAAGAUGUAUGAGGCAGGCUGCAAGUACAUAUGGAAUAUAGAUACGAAUCAAUAUAAAAUCACUCACAUACUCCCGAUGACUGAGAAAUCGGGGAAAAGUGGGGGAAUGGAAAUGUCUACGACACCGAGUCCGCUGUGGAAUCCAACUCGUUAUCUUGUGCCAUUACUGAGGAAACGGAGUAAUCAGCAUUACGUCAGGCCUGUCAGAUUCUUAGAGCACUCUAUGAGUUUCUCGACUGAUUCCCUAGUGCAAAUACUGGACAUGGAUAACUUGGUAUCUCUCUACAUGACUGCAAUACCCGACGAGGCUGGGCCAGACUGAAAGUACGAUGGAAUUAUCCAACAUUGAAUCAUUGAAGUACAAUAGCUAAAUGAAAAUACAAAUGGAGCGAUCAUCGUAAAUUAUGGAUUCAAUUUAUUUAAGGAAAAAUAAUAUUUAUAAAUUUAAUAAUGAGAUGUGAGAUAACAUUUGUUUAUGCUGAAUGGGCGGAACAAGAAAUUCAUUUCGUCUUCA